CUACAAAUAGUACAAAUCUCCGCCAUACUUUCUUCGGCUUUCGGACACCAGCAAAAAUAGCAAAAUUAUAAAUUUCUUUUGGCACAGUUCUGUAUUUUGCGAAAAAUGGGUGACAACAAGUUGCCUCGUCAAAUAUUCGAUGGCUUUAUCAAUUCAGUCAUUAGUGUGGUUGACGGACCUGUCACCUGGUUCAGAGAAAGGGUUGUGACUCCCAACCGCGAGAGCUACCCUUGGUACCACCAGAAGUUCCGCAGGGUGCCCACAAUUGACGAGUGCUACACCGACGAUCGAAUCUGCUUCUAUGAGGCCAAUGAGCAGUUCAAAAGAGACAAAGAUGUUGAGAACGAAAUUCUGACUAUUCUGCGAGUCCGCUUGGAAGAUUGCACUGUUUUCAAUGGCCCUGAUGCUGGAGUCAAGUGCAAGGAUAUUUUUGAAAACUACAAGAAAGCAGAGACAAACUGGUUUUGCAAAUAUGGUGACCUGGGACGUCAUGGCACUGUAAAGGAUGCAUACAUGAAGCAGAAGCACCGCAUGGUUUGGGAAAGACGUCAUGGCCCAGUCGGCAGCGGAAUGAGGGAAACUCCAGCGGCUGCUGAAGAGUAAAAAAAUAGAAGGUUGCAGUCACAGAAACAUAGUAAAAAUGCUUGUUGGGCGAAAACUUUCUCACAUGUUAUGUAAAUUUGUUGAAAUAAAAGUCUCCAAUUGUAGAAAAAGUA